AUGUGGGUGAAGAUAGAUCCCAAACGCAAUGGCAAGGAAACUACUGAAUUCAUUCCGCUAGGACUGAUAAGCCAGCCGGAGCUGCAGCCUGUUCUCUUUGUGGUGUUUCUUCUAAUUUACCUCAUCACCCUCACCGGAAACUUUGGGAUGAUUUUUCUGAUCAGACUCACUCCCAGGCUGCAAACCCCCAUGUAUUUUUUUCUCACCCACUUGGCAUGUGUAGAUAUUUUCUAUUCCACUAACUUCUCCCCACAGAUGCUGCUCAAUUUCUUAUCUGAGAGGAAGACCAUCUCCUACACCGGGUGUCUGACCCAGUGUUUUGUGUUUGUGACUCUGAUCCUCACUGAGUAUUACAUGCUCAGUGCCAUGGCCUAUGACAGGUACAUGGCCAUCUGCAACCCCCUCCAUUACAGCAGCAAGAUGUCCAGGCCCAUCUGCCUCUGCCUGGUCACCUUGCCCUACCUCUGGGGCUCCACAGUGGGCACCAUGCAGGUGAUACUGACCUCUCAACUGUCCUUCUGUGGACCCAACACCAUCAACCAUUUCUACUGUGCUGACCCCCCACUCUUAAUGCUGAUGCGUUCCAACACUUACGUAAAGCAAACUGCCCUGUUUGUGUCAGCAGGGCUGAACCUCACAGGUUCCCUGCUCUUCAUCCUCACCUCCUAUGUCUUCAUCUUCAUCACUAUCCUGAGGAUCUGUUCCAGUAAAGGGCAGUGCAAAGCCAUCUCCACCUGUGGCUCUCAUCUGACAGCGGGUUCCAUGUUCUAUGGGCCCCUCUUCUGCAUGUAUCUGAGAUGA